CCGCCUCGCGAUCGAGUACGAGCCUCUCCUGCCCCUCGCCCGCAUGGCCCGCGACUGCGCUUACUAGUAGAGACGAGCUGUACACACCGAAUCUCGCGCGCGACAUCUCCAUAUCCGCAUGACAUACUCUCGCCUGACAUGGCUGCCUUUAACUCACAACAACCCGACGAGGGCUACUCGGAAGACCCUCUGAACCCUAGCUUCAGCGGCGCCCAGGAUGUCUCGGCCUCUCGCCCACCCGCAGACCUGCCCACCUGGCUCGCCCAACACCUCCCCGGCCUGUCUGCCUCCGCCAAGACCGAGCUUGCCAUAGCCCUUCUCGACCAGCUACCGACCUCCGCCGUUGUCGAAAUCGUCCAACGUCUACACCCUCGCAUGUACAUCAACUUUGUCCAUUACUUGCCCACGGAAGUCUGCUUAAAGGUUCUCGGAUAUCUCGAUCCCAUCUCCCUCAUCAACGUCGCCAAGGCCUGCCACGCCUGGCACGAGCUGGCCCUCGACCGCAAGCUAUGGGAGAAGCUCUACCAUAUGGAGGGCUGGAAGGCUGUUUACUCUGAAGUUCAGAAAUGGGAAGAGGAUGCGAACAAACCCCAGAACCAAUCCGCCAGCUCCCUCCACAGGGUUCGAUCAUCCGAAGACGGACACACGCACAAGAAGCGCGCGAUAUCGGAAGACAAUGACCUCGAGAUGACUGACGCCGGAGCCUCGAUCGUUAGGGAAGACUCUAUGAACUCGAUCAUGGGUAACAGCAUCUUUGGCAGCCCUGCCUCAUCAUUCGGGUUCUCUCGGAGUUCAGCUACGCCGCAACAUGGAGAGAUGGAUCUAGACCGGUCGGCUUCGGGGUCCAAGAGUCGGAGCGUGGAGAGAAACUUUGGCCACGACCUCAAAGGUAAGGGUAAAGCGUCGCCCAUGCUGCGGGCGGCUCUCGUCAAGGAAGACUCGUUGCCGCCCAUGAUCCCCGCCGACGCGCCGGGAAUUGCGCAGUCGACGCUCUGGUCUUGGGACGCACCCAGCCAACGGUAUAGGCUCGACUGGAAGUAUCUGUACACGAUGCGGCGCCGCCUGGAGCAGCACUGGGAGCUCGGAAAGUUCUCCAACUUUCAGCUGCCCCACCCGGAUCAUCCCCACGAAGGCCACCAAGAGUGCAUCUACAGUCUGCAGUUCGACAGCGAAUACCUAGUCAGUGGUAGUCGUGAUAAGACGCUUCGUAUCUGGAGCUUGCACACCCAGCGAUUGCUGAGGCCACCCCUGGAAGGACAUACCGGAUCCGUUCUUUGUUUGCAGUUCGACGCGGACAAGGACGAAGACUUGAUUGUCUCUGGAAGCAGUGACUCCAACGUCAUUCUGUGGAAAUUUUCAACGGGACAGAUGAUUCAGAGACUCAAAAACGCGCACUCUGAGUCCGUGCUCAACAUCAAGUUUGACAAGAGGAUUUUGGUUACCUGCUCAAAGGACAAGACGAUCAAGAUUUUCAACCGCCGGCCGCUCAAGUACGGUGAUCCGGGUUAUGGCGACAGCGAUAUUGUCUUUAACGCCCCGAAACGUCUAAGAGACUACGGUUACGGUAACCCCAUGGAUGACCUGCCAAUCAAGCCGGCGUAUACCUUGAUAGGUUCCCUGGACGGCCAUGGCGCCGCCGUCAAUGCCGUUCAGAUUUGCGACAACGAGGUGGUCUCAGCCAGCGGCGACAGAAACAUCAAGGUCUGGGACUGGACCAAACAGGUGUGUAUCCGGACAGUCGUUGGCCAUAGCAAGGGCAUUGCCUGUGUGCAGUACGACGGUCGGAGGAUUGUUAGUGGCAGCAGUGACAAUGAGGUCAAGGUGUUUGAUAGGUUCACGGGUCUCGAGGUCGCCAGCUUGCGCGCGCACACUAACCUUGUGCGAACGGUUCAGGCUGGCUUCGGCGACCUUCCUUAUAGCGCUGAAGAGGAUAAGGCCGAGGCCAAGAGGAUCGACGAGAUCUACUUUAAGGCGGUGGCUGAUGGAGUCGUCAGCCCCUUUAGCGACCAUGGCAGCCGCCGGGGUCGAGCCCAGGCCCGUAACGCGGGCAGUCAACGACCGGAGGACAUUACAGCCUACGGAGCCAUCCUGCCCCCCGGCGGCGGCGGUGGCAAGUACGCUCGUAUCGUGUCUGGCUCAUACGAUCAGAGUAUCAUCAUCUGGCGCCGUGACAAGGAGGGCGUGUGGAAGGACACGCAACAUCUGCGGCAAGAGGAUGGAGCGGCAGCGGCCCAGAGUCAAGCUCAAGCUGCGGCGAGGGCGGCCUCGCAGGCUACCGCACAAGCGAUGCUGGCAAACAUGGGGCAAGGCUCGCCGUCGACGGCCCGCGGCGCUCGUGAAUCUUCCUCAUCUACCGGAUCCCCUAGGACGACGGUCGAUGCUCCCAUUAUUGCCACGAUCACGCCCGAGUCGGCCCUGGCCUUUAUGAACCUAAUCGACACGGUUGUGCCUCAGGGACCGACCCAGCUGCGUCAGGUUUUGCACAGCUACCCGACGAUGUUGGUAUACAACGCACACAUCCAGGCCGCAAUCGGCAGAGAACCAAACCCGCGGAUCAGAGCCGACCUCCGCAACGUCCUCAAUGCUGCCCUGCUGGAAACGCAGCUUAACCAAUCUCGCCGGCUUGUGGCAAAUCGCGAAGCGCAAACUAUCGACCCACCAGAACUGCCACCAAUGAAUGGAUUUGCCCCGGUGGAAGCCCGCCCCCGACAGAUUCACGCGGCCUCUCUGGUCACAGCCCAGAUGCAAGCUACCCGGCAGCAACAGCUUCUACAACGACAAGCUGCCGCCGCCGCCGCCGCUACACCCGCCGCCGGCCCUGCAACGCCUCAGGUGCAGGGACAUUUGCAUAUUCAAGGACAAGGACAAGGACAUGGGCAGGACCAGGAUCAAGAACAAGCGCAGCCAACGCAGCCGGGAGCGCCCGUCCAGACCCAGGCGACGCCGGUGCCGGUACAAGGCGCGCAGAAUCCUGUGCCCGACGCGGCGCACCACCCGCACAUUGCCACCGGAGACAACGGCCCGGCGAGGGUGUUCAAAUUGCAAUACGAUGCCCGCAGGAUCAUUUGUUGUAGUCAGACGAGUGUCAUUGUGGGCUGGGACUUUUGCAACAACGACCCGGAACUGGAGGAGGUUGCGCGAUUCUUUGGGACAGUGGAGUAG